AUGAACUCCGACGAGCAAAACACGAUGGACUGGUCUGAGGAUGAUAACAUCUCUGAUUCCGCAACCAACGCCAUGCGUGGCAACGUCACACUAGUUGCCAUUGUAAUCCUUUUCUUCAUCGUCAUGGUAGUGGCCCUCUUCUAUCUCUACGAUCACUGGAAACUCCCCGGCUCUAGGAGUCAUCACAUCCGCAGCCGUAACCGCCGCCCUACAAUGGUUUUCUUCGUCCCCACUAAUCCUUCUCAUACAGCCUCGCGCGGUCUACAUCCCGCCAUCCUUAAUUCUCUCCCUGUUGUCACUUUCUCCUCUUCCUCCGAAGACGCAGCAACUCGCAGGGAUCUCAUUGAUUGCGCGGUUUGUCUUUCGGAGUUCGAGGAGGGAGAAUCGGGUCGGGUUUUGCCCCGUUGUAAUCACGCUUUUCAUGUUGAGUGUAUUGAUAUGUGGUUUCAUUCUCAUUCCACUUGUCCUCUAUGUCGCACUCUGGUUGAGCCUCUCGGCGGAAAUGAAGUACCUGUGGAGGAGCAAGUCGCGAUCAUCACGAUUCCUCCUGUACCGGUUUCUGCUACUGAACCAGGAUCGACCUCGGGAUCUGGAUCUUCUGCGAUGCCGUUGGAUGUUUUAGGGAGAAAUCCGGCGGCGAUUGAGGUGCCAAGGAGAAAUUUCACUCGGAUGUUGAGCAGAGAUAGAUGA